GCAACGCUGUCGGCACGCGUUUGGCCAUCUCGCCUCGCGGGCUUUUUUUUAUCCUUCGGUGUUGCCGUCGCCGUGACAAACCCAAAAUAAAGAAAACAACAACAACAACAACAAAAAAGAAAAGAGUCGUAGAAUAUCCUGGAGUGUUGAAUAGAAAUAUAAAUCAUGUGUAACGAAGAAAUCAAGGAAAUUCGAAAAGCCAAAGAUGAAAUCAACAACGUGAAAUUGCCAGUCAUAAAAAAAGGGAAACCCGAGUGCUUCCAGCAAUAAACUUCCGCCAAACCAACCAACUUUGGCAACCAAUAAGCGACGAAUGAUGGCCACCACCACCACCACCUCCACCAGCACCGCCACCAGCGGCAGCACAUCCGCCUCCACGUCCCGGAACGGUGGCUUCUGUGGUGCCCUCCAACGGGCGCCGCCGCCCAUGCCGCCCGCCCUCGUCCGGAGACUGAGCAGCAGGGAGUGCUAUGGUGUGGGCAAGGUGAAGGUCAUGCUGCGGGUGGCGGAGCGGGACAGAAACGCAGCCGGAGGAGAGCCGGACUUCAUGGCGUUGGACAAGAAAAAGCGCCAAGUCACGCUCACAGAUCCGAGGAAUGUGUGCCCGCCGCCACAGGCAGCCCAGGAGCGGGGGCCCAUGGUGGCAGCACCCAAAAUGUUUGCUUUCGAUAACCUCUUCACCGCCGAGGAUAAACAGUCGGAUGUGUGUGCAUCGGCGUUGAGCGAAGUGAUACCCGCCGUGCUCGAAGGAUCUGACGGCUGCCUGCUGGCCAUGGGAUAUCCUGCCACCGGGCAGUCCCAAACGGUGCUCGGCGAGUUGGGCGGCAGCAGUGGGAGUGGUGGCAAUGGUGGCACGUCGUGCUCCCUGGGAGCGGCCCCCUGUGCCAUAUCCUGGCUGUACAAGGGCAUCCAGGAGCGGCGCCAGAAGAGCGGAGCUCGCUUCUCAGUGCGUGUCAGCGCCGUGGGCGUUAGUGCCACAAAGCCGGACACUCUAUCCCAGGAUUUACUCAUUUCGCAUGCAGCCGAAUCUGACGACUCCCCGGGGAUUUAUUUGCGUGACGACUUCCUUGGCGGUCCAACGGAACUACGUGCACCCACCGCCGAGCGUGCGGCCCUCUUUCUCGACUCGGCGCUUGCCGGACGCUUAAAAAGUUCCGGUUCCACGGGAUCUGGGAGUUCUGGAACAGGAGCGGGAGCGGGAGCCGGAUCAGGGACUGGAGGCGGAUGUGCUGCCCCCUUGGAGUCCGCCCUCAUCUUUACGCUGCAUGUCUACCAGUACAGCCUGUCCCGCAAGGGGGGUGUGGCUGGCGGUCGGAGCCGUUUACAUAUCAUCGACUUAGGAGGAUGUGCGAAUCGCAGCGGGGGCCUGCCGCUGUCGGGGAUCGGGAACAUACUCCUGGCGAUACUAUCCGGCCAGCGACAUCCCCCCCACAAGGACCACCCGCUGACCCCCCUGCUGAAGGACUGCCUGGCCCCCAUUACUUGCCAUGUGGCCAUCAUGGCCCAUGUGCGACCCGAGCAGAGCUACCAGGAUGCCCUAUCAACAAUUCAAAUUGCAUCGAGGAUUCAUCGACUGCGCCGCAGGAAGCACCGCGUCCCCAUGCCCCUGGCCGUGGGCCUGGCCCAAGGACUCGGCGGUAAUGGCUCCUCGGCGGGAUCCGGCGCAGAUCCCUCCAGUUCAGAAAUCUCAGCCGACACUGUCAUCUAUAUGGGACCCAACGACGACGCCACGGAUGGGGAACACCCGCCCGUGUAUCUGCCAUCGCUCAGCGCCGGCGACAACAGGGGGGUGAUGAGCAAGGCCCUGAAGGGGAGCGGCCUGGAGAAACCGCCCUCGAAGUCGGCCAACAACAGCCCCAUGAUGAUGAAGAAAGUCCUGGCAGCCGAGAAAGCCAAAAAACUACCAGGAAGUAAUACGGGAAGCCUGAAACGUUCGGCCGGAGCGGGAGCCUGCUCCUCGCCUUUGAUUCCCCACGAACUGCCCCAGCAGCCCAUCCAGGCAAUGGGCUCCCCCAUACCAAUACCCCGACACAUGGUGUCCAAGGGAUCCAUGGUGCCAUCGCCCAAAGGAUCUCCGAUGCGACGAGCUCAUCCCGGAGCAGCGCUCGAACAACUGGAGGCGGGUAUGCGGAAAAUCACGGAGGAGCAGUGGAUAGAUGGUCCGCGAGUGUCCAGGGCCAAGGUGGCCGAGGCGCGCCACCUGAUGCGGGAGGUGAACCAUGUGAAGCAAUGUGAGACGUGGGUGGAUGGCCCCAAGUCGCAGUCCUGCCGAUCCUUAACAGCCGGAAACCUGCCAGCCUCGGGGGCGAGUCAGACGCAGGGAUAUGGGUUCAUGGACUCCCAUAAAAAGACCAUGAUCCGGCAGUGGGUGGAGAACCAGACAACGCAAGUCUUCCAAAGUACAGUCUCCGCCAACAAUUCGCCCACAGCCCUGCACUGGAAAUUGUCCCAGCUGAAGCAGAAGUCCCUGGACCUGCCGGACAGACCUGCUUUCCAACCGGAGCCCUCCUUGGACUUGCCACAGGCGGCAUUCGAGGCGUUACCUCUUCUGGAUCCUGCUCCUCCGGAUGGCGACGAGGAUGAGGACAGUGGUCCGUCGGAGGUUCCACCUGCUUUGCCCCUUCUCGACGAUCCGCUCGGCUCUAGGGAUAUUUCCCAGGACAACCUGCAGAGGAUGCUGUCGCGGCAUGUUUCCCGGGAGCAGCUCCACGAGGCUGAACUGGUGGCCAGUCGGGCGUCAUCUUCGCACCAUCCUUCGCAAAGAAGCAUCGAUUGUGGGCUGCAGGUGACGGAGGAGGAAAUUGCCAGGACCAUGGCCAGAGAUCGGGAAAUGGAGCAUACACCUGGUCAUCCGCUGUCUGCCCUGAGUCAUUGCGAUAAUAUAUCCUUCGUGUCGAGCUUCAACAUGGCCUGCGAGUCCUUUAGCGAGUGCGGAGAGAGAGCGAGACACCAAUUCGAUCAGUUGGCCCGGCUCCAUGAGAUCUUCACCUCCCAGCUGGCCAUGGCCGAGGUCACACCCUCCGCCGCCCUAUUCCGCACGGAUGUGGGUAGUGUCUUCAGCGAGCCUGUCUUUCACUUCAAUGUGGGCCAGAGCAGCGUGUGCAGUGAGCCCGCCUACAGACUCACGCCCAGUCCGCCCCACAAGCAACCCUCCCACAGCCCCAGCCAAGGAUCUCUGCCCAGCCUAAACGGGAUCAUGGAGAUAGCCGGCAUGGAUGACUAUUCCCUGCUCCGACAGCCGGACGGGGCUUCGGACCCCAAUCUGCAGAAGAGCGAGAAGCGGUUCGCCCCGCAGCACGAUGAUAUCUGCGAGCUGGAUGAGAAGUCCUUGGCGGCGGCGGUGGGAAAGCGGAAUUCCUUGGAGGAUACGCAGCACAAGCUGAAUGAAAUCACGAAUAUUCUUCCCCUCGCUGCCCAGUCAAGACUUCCCCUGCUGCCCCUGAACACCAGCUCCGAGGCCUACGACAGUGGUCAUGAUUCCAACUCCACACCCAGGACUUCCAAGCACUCGGGGAUCUCCCGGCGAGCCGAAAGUGGAUACCACAGCGUGGCUACUGUCAGGGACUCGGACGAGAGCAGCUUUGCCUCCGGCAUGUCGAAAGGUCAGAGGCAUCGCAUCACCAUUACAGGAUCGGGAGCCAUCGCAACCACCGGCAAUGGGACCUUCCACAGGCACAGCCACAGCCACAAGAAGCGACAUCGUCAGGAUCAAGCUGGGAACAACAAGGGCCUGUGCAACUGGCUCUUGAAUCCAUUUUCCUGCACUUAUCCAGAGACUGAGGGUGAGAUCAGCGAUUUUUAAACAAAAACA